UGCGUUUGGUAGGAAACUGCAGAAUUAGCUCAAUGGCUCAAAUAGAAGUUUUCCUUUUUCGGAAGGGGAAUGAGGGGGCCAAGAAAUAGGAUGUAUCUCCCACAGAGACGGCCACCCGGGGGCCAAACUCCGGCAGCAGCCAGUUUCUUUGGAUGCAAACUCCGUGCUGGCACAGGGAAGAAUCCUUUUAUAGGCUGGGUGGAGGAAAUGUUACACUUCUCGCCUCGGUGAGUUCGUCCUCCCAGAACUUUGAAAGGACACAGCUUGGGACUGAGAGAAAGGGGCAGGUGGGUAAAGCUGAAGUUUUUAGCCGCCUUCGCGCUCGGGUCUCCGGCUGGGCGUUGGCUGGCUGGUCCCAGGCGGUGGCUGAGGCGACGGCCCUUCCCCCAUCAUCCAUUCCCCAGCCAGGGUCUCUCUCUCUCUCUCUUUCUCUCUCUCCUCCUCCUCCGGGGGAUGCUAAGCCCCCGGUCGGCGGCCGUACUUAGCCUUACAGUGCAAAAUGUGCUUGGCGAGGAAGUCGAGGCGACGCUGCAGCAGCUGAGCGUGGGGGUCGGCGAGGGCGGCCAGCUCUGGGAAGCGAGGCUCGUGGUGCUGGUAGAGGCGCAGCAGCCGGGCGGCCGCGUCCUGGCCGCGGUGCAGCUCCAGGACACGCCGCGCAGUCCGCUCUCGGAACACGCACACUGACUGCAGCAGCGGCUCGUUAUACUUGUCCCACAUGCCCGCCACCCGGUAGCCGUGCACCAAGCCCGCCUCGUUGUCCAGAAAGACCAGCGCCCCGCCCGGGCCGCGGUGCAGGUUGCUCGUGGCGCGCUGCAUGACCCGCGGGUCCCACUGCAGGCUGAAGAGGUUGCUGACAAGCCGGUCAAAGUUGGCCGUCAGGUAGUCGAAGAGGAUCAAGUCGGUCCAUUGCACCAGGUCUACCAGCUCCGCCCGGCUGCGGUUGGCCAGCUCGCCCCCCGUGGCGCGCAGGGGCCGGAGAUGGCCAUCCUCAGAGCGCCAGGGCGCGGGCACCACCACGUCCGUGAGGUUGGGCAGCCAGCGAGUCAGGCUCACCACGCUGCCCUCGGUCCAGUGAGCGGCACGAAGCUCCUCCUGCACCUGAGCCCACUGCGCGCCCCGAGCCUCCACCCGGGCCAGUGCCAGAGGCGGCACGUGGUGCUGGAGGCCCAGCAAGCGCGCCAGGUAGUAGGAUAGGGCCUCGCCCUGUAUCUGCUCGGGGUUGAUGCCAUAGCGCACGCAGGCGCGGGUGCCGUCGGCAAAGCGGGCCAGCCGGUUGGAGCUGCGCCCGCAGCCCCCGCGCUCCAGGGCCACCACCCGGGCGCCGCGCGCCACCUCCAGCCAAGACGCCGCCUGGGCCUCCGAGAAGCCCCGGGGCACCUGCUCCUCCAGGCCGCGGCUCCAGAAGACGCCCCCGUGCACCGCGGCGCGUUCCUCAGGCCAGGGCCGUCCGGUUGGCACGUGUCGCCUGCGCUCACCCGGGGGCUGCCCAGGCGGGCCAUCUGCGCCCGCCGCCAAGCCACUUUCGGGUUCAAUCCACCAGGAAGGCUCUUGGGUAAAAAUCGGCUCUCCCUCUUACCUCUCGGCGUGAGACCCUGUCCCAGAUCUAAACCAAGAUUUCCCAGAGUACACAGUCAUUAAUGAAGGCUGCCCCGGAGCUGAGUGGAACAUCAUGUGUCGGGAGUGUUGUGAAUACGAUCAGGUUAAAUGUGCCUGCCCUGGAAAGAAAGAAGUGGUGGGUUAUACCAUCCCUUGCUGCAGGAACGAGGAGAAUGAAUGUGACUCCUGCCUGAUUCACCCAGGUUGUACCAUCUUUGAAAACUGCAAGACAUGCCGAAACGGCUCGUGGGGGGGUACUCUGGACGACUUCUACGUGAAGGGCAUCUACUGUGCAGAGUGCCACGCGGGCUGGUACGGAGGAGACUGCAUGCGAUGUGGCCAGGUUCUACGAGUCCCGAAGGGUCAGAUUUUGUUGGAGAGCUACCCCCUGAAUGCUCACUGCGAAUGGACCAUUCACACCAAACCUGGGUUUAUCAUCCAGCUAAGGAUUGUCAUGUUGAGCCUGGAGUUUGACUACAUGUGCCAGUAUGACUAUGUCGAGGUCCGUGACGGGGACAGCAGCGACAGUCAGAUCAUCAGGCGUUUCUGUGGCAACGAGCGGCCGGCUCCCAUCCGAAGCUCGGGUUCCUCGCUCCACGUCCUCUUCCACUCAGAUGGCUCCAAGAACUUUGACGGCUUCCAUGCCGUCUUUGAGGAGAUCACAGCCUGUUCCUCGGCGCCGUGUUUCCAUGACGGCAGUUGCCUUCUUGACAACACCGGAUCUUACAAGUGCGCCUGCCUGGCAGGCUACACCGGGCAGCGCUGUGAAAAUCUCCUUGAAGAAAGAAACUGCUCAGACCCUGGGGGCCCAGUCAAUGGGUACAAGAAAAUUACAGGAGGCCCUGAGCUUAUCAAUGGGCGCUAUGCAAAAAUUGGCACUGUCUUGACCUUCUUUUGUAACAACUCCUAUGUUCUUAGCGGCAAUGAGAUGAGAACUUGCCAGCAGAAUGGAGAGUGGUCGGGGAAACAACCCAUCUGCAUAAAAGCCUGUCGAGAACCAAAGAUCUCAGACCUGGUGAGACGGAGAGUACUUCCAAUGCAGGUUCAGUCAAGGGAGACGCCAUUACACCAGCUAUACUCAUCAGCCUUCAGCAAGCAGAAGCUGCAGGACUCCUCUACCAAGAAGCCAGCCCUUCCCUUUGGAGACCUGCCCCCUGGGUACCAAUACCUGCACACCCAGAUCCAGUAUGAGUGCAUCUCACCCUUCUACCGCCGCCUGGGCAGCAGCCGGAGGACAUGUCUGAGGACUGGGAAGUGGAGUGGGCGUGCCCCGUCCUGCAUCCCUAUCUGUGGGAAAACUGAGAACGUCACUGCUCCGAAGACCCAGAGGACGCGCUGGCCGUGGCAGGCUGCCAUCUACAGGAGGGCCGGUGGGGUGCACGGGAGCAGCCUGCACAAGGACACGUGGUUCCUCGUCUGCAGCGGUGCCCUGGUCAAUGAGCGCACCGUGGUGGUGGCUGCCCACUGCGUCACCGACCUGGGGAGGGUCACCGUGAUCAAGACAGCAGACCUCAAAGUCGUCCUGGGGAAGUUCUACAGGGAUGAUGACCGGGAAGAGAAAAGCAUCCAGAGCUUGCGGAUUUCUGCAAUCAUCCUGCAUCCCAACUACGACCCCAUCCUGCUGGAUGCGGACAUCGCCGUCCUGAAGCUCCUGGACAAGGCUCGCAUCAGCACCCGCGUCCAGCCCAUCUGCCUGGCGGCCCCUCGGGACCUCAGCACCUCCCUCCAGGAGUCCCGCAUCACCGUGGCGGGCUGGAAUGUCCUGGCAGAUGCGAGGAGCCCCGGCUUCAAGAAUGACACGCUGCGCUCGGGGGUAGUCAGUGUGGCGGACUCGCUGCUGUGUGAGGAGCAGCACGAAGAGCACGGCAUCCCGGUGAGCGUCACAGACAACAUGUUCUGUGCCGGCUGGGACCGCGCUGCGCCUUCUGACAUCUGCACAGCAGAGACGGGCGGCAUCGCAGCUGCGUUCUUCCCGGGGCGGGCGUCCCCUGAGCCCCGCUGGCAUCUGGUGGGGCUGGUCAGCUGGAGCUAUGACAAGACAUGCAGCCACAGCCUCUACACAGCCUUCACCAAAGUGCUGCCCUUUAAAGACUGGAUCGAGAGAAACAUGAAAUGAGCCUCAGGCCCGUCGAGAAGCACUUCCGUGCAUCCUUCCGUGCGUGUGUUGCCCAAGGCAUCGUGGACCUGAAAUGUGAAUCUGCCCAUGAAUUUGGCUGUGCCAGGGCUUCUGGUGUCACACCAGUGGAGGGCGAGUCGAGCUUACUUUCUGGUAGGCCACUGCCUCCCUGACUGCUGGGACCCUUUGGAAGAUACCAGGGCUGCUUGCAAGAACUCAGUUUCUUCAAAAUAGACUACAUGAAUAGCAAAGCAAUCCUCCCCAUUCAACCGGCCCCAGUGGCCUUCCCCACCUGCCCUUCAGUGGUGCGAAUGCCAUGGUCAGCUGUGGUCGAGAGAGGUCUCCUCCAAGGCUCCAGCCAGACAGAGUUCCAGAGAGCCGCCUGCAGGACAGUCCCGGACAGCGGAGCCUGGCUGCGGCACUGGUGUCCGUGCACACUGCCACGUCACGGGGUGGUCCUUUUCCUUCCCAAUCCCCUGUACACACUUUAAUAAAACAAGGGUUGGCUUCUGACCCACGGAACGAAUGUGCCAUGGCUCUGAUUCCUGCAUGCAGCCUCUUUGAGCUACGUGUGUUGGGACCCAUGGCUGGGUGGCAGCCCUUUAAGAGAGAUCCUGGAUUAUCAUUCCCAAAUAAUGCAUAGAGCAAAGCCGAUGCCAUCUUUUCAAUACCAGUGCUUGCAACUUGCUGGGCCUUCAGGUGGGGGAGAGGGAGGUUGGGCACCAUCAGAUAAGGCACAAACAGAGGAAAAUACCAGGGAUUUGAGGAUUUCUAGUGUCCCCUCUUGUUCUUAUGCUCUAGAUCAAGCACAAAACCCUGCUUUGAAUCUCUAGACAUCUUUAGGACCUAUUUUCGUAGCAUCUGAACUGGAACCACCUAUAUACUCACGCUCGAUUGAGAUAUGCCAAGAAACUGCAGCUUCAUUCUUCUCUAUAACUUCUAUGGUUUUCCUUUCAAGCCCCACCCCUGGCUCCCACUGGAUAGUGGAGGAAAAAAAAAUGAAUUGAAUCCAAUCCAAUCCCUGAAAUGAUCUUUUCAGGAACAUUCUCUGUUUUGGGUGACUCACUCUUUUAUCCUUUCUCCCCUACCCUCCCCAGUUUCCUCCUUUCCAAGAUGUCCCAUGGAGGCUUACGUGGCUUCUAGCCCCGGGACACACACAGUAGGACUCCUGAGUUCCUGCUGGCUCUUGGGUGUGUGUGGUGGGACUUUCUCAUUCCUGGGCGUUUUGCCUGCACUGGGUGCUCGUGUCUGUAACUACUGCAACUUGUGCUGUGUGCUCUGUUUCCCUGGGGCCGGCGGUCCUCCCCGCUGACUUAGGUGCUCGUCAGGUCUCGCUGGCACUGAUACUCCUGAGAUCCGGGGGGACUCCUUGACACUGACACUGGUUUGGGUUCCUCAGCCUCCUGGCCACAGUGACAGCCUUCUCUGGUGGCUACCCAGCCUGGCUUUCAGUAACCUCCUCUUCCUCCCCUGGGGGCUUGUGGGAACUUCUUGGUCUUUUCCUCACCUCCUGAGGCCUGAGAGUCAAGGGUUGGUACAUUCACCUCCUACAGACCCCAGCAGAAACAUUACUCUUUCCUCCACUUAUCAGAGAAAACUUUGACCCCAAGCACUUUAGCCCCAAGGUGGGAGGUCACGUCUGUCUUCCAACCUGCCUCCUCAAUUCUGUGUCUUUACAUAAUUCCCUGAGCCAGAAGGGAAUUUCUGGUGCUUUCUCUUUUGGUCAGGCUUUCUUGGGGCUUUCUGUAGCUCACGUCGUCCUCCUUUCACCCAUCCGCUGCAUCCUCAUGGCUUAAUCUCAGGGCAACGUAUUACUUAUCAACUUCUGAGUAACAAACAUCCAACACGUAAUGGUUAAGCUGGAGUAUUGGAUUUGACCGAUAUAUAUCAGGCUGCUCAAAGGGUUUUUUUUUCUUGUUUUUAAGCCUAGAAAGUUUGGAUCUCGAGAGGUGUAAUGGAAGUCAGAUCAAAAAGAUCUAAAUUCAAAUUCCUGUCUUUCAACUUCUUUUAAGUGACCUUGGGCAAGUCACCUAACCCCUCCACCUCAGUUUGUCAUUUGUUAGGUUGGCAUGCUAAACUCUGUAUUUUGUGGUAGCUGUGAUGAUGAAAUGAGCUACUGUGUAAAGCAAUGAACAUAGUACCUGGCAUACAGUUUGGUGCCUAUAAUAACUGGCAGGGGCAGGGCUGUCCAGCGGGGCACAGCUCCAUGAAGCCUCCACGUCUGCCACGUCUCACCUGGCUGUCCAUGCUCAUACUUUCCAUUCUUUAACUUGUCCUGACCCCUCACCUGGACCAUCACGUUCCCUAUUUUCUUGACACUCUCUUUACUAUCUAGCGUCAUUUUCCAUCUUUGCCUCACCACUCAGAUUUGGUUCACAUUGAUGUCAUCUCAGCUAUGACUUUGUUCCCUUUAGAAGCUGAAUCUGGCCCCCAGUCCUGGUGACACCACCUGGGGCUGCUUAGUUCAUAGCCUCAUGGCCACUUGCCACUCGCCCUAGAUCUUUCUACCCCAGCACUGCUCUCACAGGCUGCAAGCACUCAACCAGGCUACACUAAGACUCCAGGUCAGGACGAGAGAGUCAGACACGAGCCUGUCCCUUGGCCAUACCCGGCACUGGAGGAAUCUCACCCAUCUCCCUUCAUCACAUGGCCCUUUUGUCUUAGGAUAGAACUCCAAGGAUGAGGGAUCUCUUCUUAGUUGGAAAUCUGGGGUGUAUAUCAGUCAGGGUUUUUUCAGACAUUCAGAACUUUUAAGGGUCAUCUAGAAUAAGGGGUUACGAUGGCCACAUACAAUUGUGGGCACUCGUGGCAAAGUCUUUUACAGGCUGUUGCCUUUGCAUCUGAUGUUGGAUCUGGGUUCAACCGGCCAGCCGUUGGGAAGGAAAGCUGGGUGUGAAAUUGGCAGAGCAAAGACAAACUGGAACCCACGAGGACAAAUGGAAACCUAUGUUUGUCUCUUGCUGUCCCCAACCUCGAUGAUUUGAGUGACCUGCGCACACACACACCUGGUCCAGGACACUCGGAGAAGCCGGAAGAGGAUUUCCAGCAGGUAUGGGAGGAGCUGUGGGCCUGGGUGAUGUCCCGCGCCAGCAAAAGGUGAACGAGCGGAUCAGUGACGUUGUGUAUGAGCUGCCACAGUGCCCGAUGCUCUUCACCAAUUUCCAGAGCACGGAGACAACUGCUGCUUCACUCUCCUUUUCAAAUCUCAUGUCAGUUUCUCUUGUGCCCGCUCUCACCUGGAGCCAUACAGGGAAGGGACCUCUGCAAACAUAGUUCCAGCCUCUGAGUUGACACGGAACAAAAGUCAUCUAAGUCAUCGAAGAUUAAUGCAUGAAAUAUUAAUGUGGUUGUCAACGGGGGACACCUCUGUGGAGAGCUGGGGAAGGCUCCUGAUUCAUCCAGAAUGGUUUGGUUCUAGUUUCUUUUGUAGUGGUUUUUUGUUUUGUUUUAUGCACACGAAGCCCCUGACAUCUGACAUUCUAUCGGGGAGGCCUUGGUGCCUAGGAGCUGGCCUGGCACCCACAGCAAAGCUGUGGUGUUCUCCUGUUGAAGAUCAAUCAUCUCACAGGAUGCCAGUAUCAGUCACGAUCAUUCUGUGACUCUGGCGGAUCAAGACAGAAACAAGACUGCUUUAGAACUUGUCUAUGAAGAGACAAAAGCAAGGUUGUUAUUCAAACCAAAACAUACCAACUAUCCCCCUCUCCUGGUUAAGAGGAGUGACUGCGACUUCUUUUCCAACGACAGUGUUAGCCUCUAUUCUUCCUUCCUUCUAGAUAAGAUUUAUAAAGACAGCCAAUUAUAGAAUUGUCCCCACUUAACUGUUAGCAUGCGAUCCAGAACAAAACCCCACUUCCUCGGAACCCUCCCCCAAAUCACCUAAUAGAAGCCCCAAUCCUAUAAGAAGUUCAUUCUAAUCCUCCCUUGAUGAAAUACCCCACACUUCCCCAUGAUGUGCCCUUCUCUUUCACUUCA